AUGGCUACCUUUUCCUCAUGGGAGAAUCGCCUCCCAUGGAUCCAAUAUCCUCUCAUCGUGAAUGCCCCCAUGAGCGGCGUAGCCACAAGUCAAUUGGCGACAGCUGUUACUCGUGCUGGCGGCCUGGGCCAAAUCGGCCAUCUGGACGAUAUGUGCGUUUUAUCCAAAGAGCUAGACCGCGCCAGGAAUGACCUACAGGAUAUCAUGGCUACACUUCCUGACCCAGAUCAACUGCCGCUCGGACUCGGAGUCAUUGUAUUUGGAUCGCCCCUCGAAUCAUGGAUGCGUCUAUUUGCAACGUACAAGCCCGCCGUCGCCUGGCUGUCCUUUGCCGGAACAAUGGAAAUGAAAACUUGGGCUGAAAGCAUUCGAAGAGCCUCGCCGAAGACCAGCAUUUGGGUGCAGCUCGGCAGCGUGCACGCCGCACUAGAUGCAGCUCAAGCCUGUCGUCCCGAGGCACUAGUCCUACAGGGAAGUGACGCCGGGGGGCAUGGGCAUCAAGCCGGAGCUAGUAUCAUUUCCCUUGUACCAGAAACUGCCGAUGCAAUUCAAAAACAGUGGCUUACUACCCCCUUGAUCGCCGCAGGUGGAAUCAUGGAUGGAAGAGCAGCCGCCGCAGCGCUGACUCUAGGCGCUUCAGGACUAGUGAUGGGCACACGUUUCCUCGGUGCAGUCGAAGCGCACAUACCUCAAAUUUACCGCGAUGCUAUAUUCAGCGCUUCAGAUGGUGGCCAAAGUACAGCGCGAUCCAGGGUAUUCGAUGAGAUUUGGGGACCCAAUUUCUGGCCUACAACGUACGACGGCCGAUGUCUGAGAAACAGAUUCUAUGAAAUGUAUACAAAUGGAAAAGAUAUAAAAACAGUUCGAGCGUGGUUGUCUGCCGCUAUGAAUGGCCCUGAAGCGGGGGAUCUGGACGUUCAAGAUACGGGUAGUUUAUGGGCUGGCACAGGUGUGGGGAUGGUGAAUGUGUUGGAAAAUGCUGGUGAUAUUGUUCGUUCGAUUCGCGACGAUACUAAAGCGCGUACACGCAUCAACUAA